GAACAGGGGGACGAGCAUUGGGAUUUCACAAUAACGGGUCUUACGGACAGCACACUGCUGCGGCCACACGCAGUCCUGCUUUAAUAAUCCUGCCUGUAUGGGAAUACAGUCAGUUUCUUCUCAGGCUUCAUGAAGUUAAACGGUACUCAGCGUUCUGCAGCUGUAGUGCAGAUGUCAGUGAUGGUUUGAGGACUUCUUAAUGAGGGGACCACUUCCAGCAAUGGGUGUUUUGCUCCUGCUGCUGUGCUUUUUGUGCUUCACACCAAUUUUCAGCAUUUUUGACAAUGUCUGCCCAAGAAAAGACCCUCCCCCUGGUGUGCUGGUUGUAUCUCCAGGAAGCAGACUUGAACUGACCUGCACUGGUCAAGUGAAGGUGAAUGGAGUGAAAGUCGCCUUAACUGGAGAUGUCCCAAGCAAAAACAAGAGAAGAUCUUCAUCAGAUAGAACCCCGACCACACAGCAAUUUAGAAGAAACAGGACUUUUCCAAAUAAAAUUGAUAAAACUUCUACAGUAAGUGAGAAAUAUCACUCUCCCACCACGGCUGGAGUCAGCACCGCGCAAGGAGAAAACCGAAGCCUUGGAUAUACAGGCACAGAACCCAGCACUUCUCCACAAGUGGUCACACCAACCCCUCCAAGCAAAACCACAAUGAGGGGAGAAUCGGACAGGGAGGAUAAAGAGGUGAAACUCAAAGGUGAAUAUAAAGAUGAGGAAGGCAGCAGGGUAGCAAGAGGGCUUAAAAUGAGGCCUUGUUGGAAGUGGAACAAACAGCUGGUGCAGACUGUGGACAGAGACUGGGGGGAAAUUGCAUUUCUGAGUGAUGGGAGCAGUUUGUCUCUGAGUUCAGUAAGACGGAAGGAUGCUGGGAAAUACACAUGUCAUCACGGGGGAGAAGAAACAUUCGGUGUUAAAGUGAUUGUUGCAGAUCCCCCAGAGACUCCGAGCAUCCAUUGCUACAAGAAGUCACCCAGUAGUAAAAUUCGUUGUGAAUGGAGACCUCAGAGCCCAGUAAUCAAGCCUCCUGAGUGCCAUCUCUUUUUGAGCAAGGGUCCUUCUCAUGGAAAGCCAGAGAAUUUCGACCAAAUCCAAUGCUCAUACUCGUCUCAGCGCGCUUGCUGUUGGUGUGCUGUGGAGCACAACGAGGAUGAGCUGAGGACUUUCCAUGAGGCGUUCCUGUGUGUUAGAAGCCUCUUAGGCAACACCACCAGUCCCCUGAUUCAUUUCACACCUCUGGAUAUUUUGAAGCCAGACCCCCCGUCCAACGUGUCAGCCCACCCAGUGGAGAGGCUAGAGAACACGAUAAUGGUGACCUGGAAUUUACCAAUAUCGUGGAAGGACCAAGAUUAUUUUUAUGACUUAAUCUAUGAGAUCAGCUACAGACCUAUAAUCUCCUCAAAUGAACAGGUAACUGUGGUCAGAAAUCACCACUACACAAUCAAAGAUGCUCUGCCUGAUGUUGAUUACCUGAUUCAACUCAGAACUAAAGAAGAAUAUGAUGGUCAGUGGAGUGAGUGGACUUCCCCUGUCUUUGCCAGGAGUUGGAAAGCUAAGGUAGUAGAGGAGGUUGACCUGAUUACCACAAUGGAUGGCUUGCCCACUACCGAAGACUUCGGCUCUGGUUUUCCCGAUGAUCGCUACAUUGAUGGUACGACAACUGAGAUGUGCACCAGCUCAGACGUUUUAUGCAAACCACAGUAUCACCUCCUAUGGAUCUCGGCUCUUUUUGCCGUCAUGUCUGUCCUUUCCGCCGUCUACAUCUUCAGACACAAAGACAGGUUUAUGUCCAAACUCCUCAGUCUCAGUGUCAUCACCCACAGUGAUGAGUCGUCUCCACCUCCCCCUUCCAUCCCUUCAGCCCCUGAACAAGAAGCUCUGGUGUCUGGCUCUGGCCCUCAGCUCUAUAAACAGAGUCCACCGAGUGACACACAAAAAGAGGAGGAACGUGAGGAAGAACAAACUGAGAUGGACCAAUUAGAAGCUAUGAACUUCAACAACAAAAGUUACUUCUUCCUGCAGAUGGAGCCAUGAACAAACAAGAGGCCAUUUUGUAGUUUCAGAAACCAGGUGACAUUAUUGAAAAGGGACAGAUCUGGAAGAGGAACACUCAGGAAAAACGUGUACAGGCUGUAAAUUCAUUUCUGUAAAGGCAACAUGCUUAAACCUGUGAUAAAAUGAGUUUUUUAUGUUUUCUUUUUAUUUUGUUUGUUUCUUUACUGUCCAUGGCUGCUAUUUUGAAAAUGAAAAAUCAACCACAGAGGUGGGCAUACCACAUCACAUAUUUUGCUUAUACUUAUUGAGUUUCUUAAAAAAACGAAACCUAUUUCUAGAACUUUCUGCCAAAUUUAUGAAAGAGAAAUAAAG